UUCAAAAUGUCUGAUAAAAGCAAAGAAGAAAAUCCCAAAACUUUCGUAACUGGGGGAGAAGAUGACAAAAAAGAUGAUGGAAGCCAACACAGCGGGGAAGAUAACAAUGAAACUGAAGAAGAGAGAAAGAAGAGAGAGGAAGAAGAAGCCGCUGAACAAGAGAGAAUCAGACAAGAGGAGGAAAAAGCAAAGAAAAGACAAGAGCAAGCUGUCCUUUUUGAAGAAUAUGUUGAGCAAUCUGGCCUCAAGUAUUCGUUCCAGAUUAUAUUCACUGAGAUUAUCUCUAACCAGAUAAGGGAAGAUCAGGUAUUUGCAUAUACAGCGAUGAGAUUAAGACAAAUUGGCUCAGAACUUGAUAAUCUAGAAAAAUCAGCACCCAAAGAAGAGCAAUAA